AUGCUACCACCAUCGGAUUCUUUCGCCCACCAGUCCCAGAAGGCAGAGGAAGUAACGGCUAAUAUGCAUCACAUCCGCUCGUCCAUAAUCCCUCCACCUCCGUACUCGCGGACAAUAUCGUUGAACUCCUUCGAGGACUGCGACAUCGACUGCGACGGCGUCGAUGGCCGAUACGACGCAUCUUCCAGUCCUGUGACUGUUUACAUCGACGCCUCGGUCAAGGUGACGGGACAUGGAAACACGAUUGUUAUACCUUCUUCCAUGACCAGACGCCAGCAAGACGCAGACCCCAAACUGGCAACGGAUGAUCAAGUCCCACCCACACCUACAUCUACACCCACUGCCCCUGCAGCCCUCCUGCAAUCAUCCCAGAGACACAGACAAGCUAAAUUAACUGAAUUGGCAACGUCGAUCAUCUCCACCCUGCGGCACUCGGAACAUCCCGCCGGCUCGGAGACCGACCAGCACCUAGCGAUAGAAAUUAAAAUUAACACAGGGAUACAAGUUGAGGGAAACAGGAACGUAAUUUAUGCUGGUGUCCCAGGUCGGUCGAUGGUCACGAAAGGUGCACAUGAAGAUGCCGUCGCCGGAAGGAAGAGACGGGCACAGUCUGAGCCUACCGAUGUACUGAGACGUAAGAGAAAUCGAUAG